CUCACCCAUGUAUUGAAAAGAAGAAAUUCUGAGCAUUAGUGAGGUGGUCUUAGGAAAGAAUACUGAUGCCAACGCCUGACGGAUUAAAGGGGUUUUGUUUCUCCCAUUGAUUUACCCCAUUGCUCGAAGGUCAAGAACACUUUCAACAUGUCCCGUCUCCUUCAGAUGUCCAUUGCGGGCAUCCGUUCAUUUCCCCCGGACAAAAAUGAAGUCAUCAAAUUUGACGACAGCCCCCUCACCCUCAUUGUCGGUUUCAACGGCUCCGGCAAAACCACCAUCAUUGAAUGCCUCAAGUUCGCCUUCACUGGUAUGCAGCCACCAAACACCAAGGUGGGGGGUGCUUUUGUCCAUGAUCCCAAAAUGAGAGGCGAGAGCACUGUGCUUGCUUUAGUCAAGGUCCAAUUCACAGCAUCUGACGGAGCCAAAAUGGUUGUUGCUCGCCGCUUACAGCUUCAAGUGAAAAAGGCUUCUCGUUCCCUCAAGACUCUGGAGGGCUCCCUGAGAACUGUCCAUAAUGGUGAAACAAUCACCACUUCAUCUCGAGUGGCUGCACUGGAUCAGUUAAUGCCUCUAGCCUUGGGUGUCUCGACUGCGGUUCUCGACAAUGUGAUUUUUUGCCACCAAGACGAGAGCCUCUGGCCGUUGAGUGACCCUGCAACACUGAAGAAGAAGUUUGAUGAGAUUUUUGAGGCGCAGAAGUACACCAAAGCCAUCGACAAUAUCAAAACCAUCCGAAAGUCUCACAACGAAGAACUAGCCAAGUACAAGAUCCUCGAGGAGCACGCAAAAGCAGACAAAGAUCGUGCAAUCAAAGCUCAGAAAAACGCAGAACGUCUGCAGCAAGAAGUUGAAACCCUACGAUCGCGAGUCGAAGAUCACAAUGUCCGUAUUACCAAAGCCCGCAAGCUAGCUGAUGAGGCAUGGAGGAAAGGCGAGGAAUAUGCAAAAAUUCUAGGGUCACUUGAAGGCAAGCGAAUUGAGGCACGAGGCAAGAGAGAAACCAUCGAUGGCUUGAGAAACGACCUAGAAGAAGUUCCAGAGUCGGACGAAUGGCUCCAGAACACCUUGAGACAAUUUCAAACUCGACAACAAGAGCUGAAAGAAGAUAUGCAAGAGAAACAAGAGAAGUACAUUGACCUGCAGGACAUGCUAAAAAUGCUGGGCCAACAGAAGGAAGAACAGACCAGAUAUCAGGGCAAGUUCGAACAAGAGAGGGAUGAACACGAACGACAAGUUCGCUCUCGCAGAGAAACCGUCAAGAAACUUGCCGCAAAGCAUCAAAUCCGAGGUUAUGAUGACAUGGAUGACGAAGUCCUGGUUGAAGAGUUUCGUUUGAAGAUCAGAAAGAUGGCCAAGGACCAAACAAUGGCCCUUGAAAGAGUCAAGGCCGAGAAUACGGCAGAAAGAUCGGAAGCUUCAAGUCUUGUGAACCGAUUGACCGAAAGAAAGCGGGCCCUUCAAGAAAAUAAAGUCGGCAUCAAGCGACAAAUCGAUACUAACGACCGCGAAGCAGCCGGAUUUCAACGAAAUGUGGAUGGGAUCAAGGUCGAUGAAGGAACCAGAGCCAUUGUUGAAUCCAGGAUUGAAGAUUUGAACAAGAAGUUGGAACAGGCUCGCCAGGCUGCUCGAGAGGCUGAUUGGGACAAGAAAUUGUCCGACAUGGGCAUUGAACUUCACACCCACGAAGAAACACAUUCACGGCUGAAUGAUGAACUAGUACAGUCGAUGGAACGGGCCAAUGACUUUGCCAAAGUGUCGCAUUUGAAGCAGGAACUCAAAGACCGGCAACGCAGCUUGAAGACAUUGCUCGACACACACGGUGGCCGUGUGAGCCAGAUUGUGAGCCAAGAAUGGAAUGCUUCCAAUAUCGAGGGCAUCUACCAGGAUGUAUUAAACAAUGCCCACAAGGAAGCAACGUCCGCCACACGUGAGAGGGACGACGUUGCCCGGGAUCUGGAGCAUGUUCAAUACAAGCUCAAAACGCUCCGGGACGAUCUUUCUGGAAAGAAAGCGCAGGUCAGUAAGAACGAUAAACAAAUACGACUCGUUGUCGAAGGAGGCGCAGAAGAAUACGAAGAGGCACUACGGAACGCUGAAGCGGAGGUAGAUGUUGCUCGCGACGACAGCAUGGGGUUUGCGGGUCUUCAUGACUACUUGCAAAAGAUUCUAGAGACCGCUGAUGGCCCCAGCCCUGCCUGUCGUACCUGUCAACGAGGAUUCAAAAAGGAAAAUGAUCCCCAUCUCCCCAAAAUGAGACGUCGAAUCACAGAUUUGAUUGAGAAGACGAAAUCACAGAUUGAUGCAGCCAAUGUGAAGGAGUUGGAAGUUCAGUACAGACGCCUCUUGGACCUCGGCACGGCCGUGGAGACCUGGAAAAAGCUUGUCGAGGUCGAAAUCCCUCAUGUGGAAGGACAAGUCGCGGAUCUUACAGAGCAGCGAGAGAAGCUGGUCGGCAAGAUUGAGAAGCAUGAUAAGAUCGUUGAGCAACGCGAGGAGGCGAAGCGCGACGUUGAAUCUAUUGGGCGGACAAUCACUUCGAUAUCUCAAAGCGAUCGAGCGAUUAGCGCAUUCACCAAAGAUGUUGAGGAUCUAUCUGCCAAGCAAGGCCAUGUCAAUAAUGGACGGACGCUAUCAGAAAUCCGUGAAGCCAUCACGACUGCGACAGACAAGAUGAAAGGUGCACAGAACCAGAUUGCACGCCUGCGGAGCGAACAGGAGCAAUCGCGCAGCAACAUCUCUAGCAUGGAGAUUGAAUUGCGUGAGAAAAGAGGCGAAGUUGACCGGAUUGACUAUCAGCUGUCGACCAAAGCUGGUUUCGUCAAGCGAGUGGAAGAAAAUCGCGACAAGAACAGGAAGCUGCGCGAGAACCUGGAUGAACUUGAUCGUGACGUUGAAGGCUUGGACCCUGAGAUCUCGACGGCGAAUGCCAAGUACGAAGAUAUUGAUCAACGAUCACGAGUAAGAGAGAGAGAGCUAUCCCUCGAGUUAUCUGAAGUCAACGCGAGUGUUCAUGAACUCAAUAUGCUCAGUGACCUCAUCCAGGCGUACAAAGACCGCGGCGGGCCGAGUCAACUUGGUCAGGUCAAGCGCGAGCUCGACCGGAUCGAAGGGCAAAUCAACGAGGCGAAAGCUGACCAAGGGAAUCUGACACAAGAGAUGAACCUGAUCAAUGAUCGAAUCCGAGACGCAGACGCAACUCGCAGAAAGUACUCGGACAAUCUGCGGUACCGGCACGAGAGCCGAUCACUUGAGAGGUUGGAGGAAGAGAUUCAGGAGUUGUCCAGUCGCAAUGCAGAGGUUGACCGAAGCAAGUUUGAACGCGAGUCGGACAAAUACACCAAGGAGCACAACCGUCUGAGCGCGGAGCAGUCGGGACUGAUGGGUGAGAUGAAAUCUAAGGACGCACAACUAGGCGAUUUGUUGCGAGACUACGAGAUCGACCUAAAGGACGCCCCGGGGCGAUACAAAGAAGCUCAUAUCAAGGUGGAGGUAACCAAAGCGGCGGUUGAAGAUUUGGCACGGUACGGAGGAGCUCUCGACAAGGCAAUCAUGAAGUACCACGGACUCAAGAUGGACGAAAUCAACAAGAUUGUCGAGGAGCUUUGGCGAGCCACAUACCAGGGGAGUGACAUUGACUCGAUUGCGAUCCGGGCAGACAAUGAAACGGGACGUCUGAACCGAUCGUACAACUAUCGGGUGGUGAUGGUGAAAAGAAACGUGGAGAUGGACAUGAGAGGACGAUGCAGUGCAGGACAGAGAGUUCUCGCCAGUAUCAUCAUCCGAUUGGCGCUGGCGGAAUGUUUCAGCUCAAAAUGUGGCAUCAUUGCCUUGGACGAACCAACGACCAACCUUGACCGAGAAAACAUCGAGAGCCUUGCCCGUUCACUGUCCGAGAUUAUCAAGUAUCGGCGGGAGCAAUCUAACUUUCAACUACUGGUGAUUACACAUGACGAAGACUUCCUGCGGUCGAUGGACUGUGGACAAUUCACAGACUACUACUACCGGGUUUCGAGAAAUAGCAAUGCAGACUCGAUCAUCGAGCGGCAGCGCAUUGCAGAGGUUCUCUAAAAGUGGCAACCUUUGUGUGUAUGUUGUCUUGGGUUGGUAGGAGACGAGAGACAACAUGCCACGGAUGCCAAUAAUAAUCGCAGAUAGGUAGAUACCUAAGAUGUAGCCUGAGGAUACGAAUGGAUAGAC